AGUGGGAUUAAAAAACCUGAACAAACUAAUAUUUGAGCCCAAACAUCACGUUCAGAGGCUGUGAGUGACACCCAGUGGGGCUUUCUCAUCCAAGGCAACCAAGCUGGAGGAGCUGUAAUAUUUCCUAAGCCUAAACUAGCCCCCAGACUUUAAAGCUGGCCAUAGGUCUUUGCUUUUUGACCAUAAAUGUGGAAGCAGGCAGGUCAUAUUCCUGCAGCUCUGAGAAGCAUCCCAUACACUGUGGUUUAGAGUCAGGGCGAACAACCAUGCUGGGGCUCCAGGUCGAGCUGCAGAGGCAAAUUUCACCAGCAUCUAUUGAAGGAUCUGCAAAGCCACGAGGAAAUAACCUUGAAUGCCAAUUCCUAAGCAAUGCCAUUCCAAAUAAAAGUCAUAAAUUGUAGUAGGAGGUAGAAAUUCCAUAUAGACAUUCUGCUCCAGCCUCAAGCAUGGGAGAAUAACACACUGUUCAGGCUGCUGAAUGAGCGCUCUGUGUGCACUGAGUCAUUAAAAACCUGUGGAAUAGUCAACCAUGGCUGCACAAAAAUAAAUAUACAGCUGACUACAGGCCAGUGCUAAUGGACUCAAAGGAUUCUGUGCCCAGAUAUAGAUGUGGUUUCAGCCUGACGCUUGUGAAGGAGAAAAGGGUUAUCAUGACCAGCCUUUGCUGUGGUGUGCCUGCUGCUGUUAACUGUGAUGAAGAUUUCAGACCCUUCAACUCAAGUCUUCAUAGAGAAAGAGUCCAGAAAGCGGAGGAGGCGGCAGCGCUGCGGAGCGGAGUCCCGGUGUCUCGGAGUCCCGGCGUCUGAGCAUGAGCGCGGCCGUGCGGACGGUGCGGGCUGCGGGCGGGGGCCGCUCGGUGUGCGUGCAGUGGGAGGACGGGAGCGAGAGCAGCUACCCGAGCGUGUGGCUGCGGGACAGCUGCCAGUGCCCGCUCUGCUUCCUGCCCUCCGCCGGGGCGCGCAGGCUGCGCCUCGAGGACCUGGAUGUGGACGUCGUGGCCAAGCAGGUUGCUCUGGCAGAUAGCAAAAAGAUCUCUAUUACAUGGCCUGAUGAACACACAAGUGAAUAUGAAGCUGAGUGGUUGAAAAAACGAUGCUUCUCUGAAGAAGCCAGAGCUGAAAUGCGAGUAGAUUUAUUUUUGCCAGAACAUCAGUACUGGGACUCAGACCUUCAACUUCCCAAAAUACCUUUUGAAGAGAUCAUGUACAAUGAUGAAAGUGCAUACAGGUGGUUGUGCACCCUAAAGAAAGUAGGAAUUGUUCUACUGACAGGAGCUGCUACACGGCAGGGAGAAUUGAUUAGACUUGGCCACAGGAUUGGGUUCCUGCGUCUCACAUUUUAUGGACCAACUUGGCAAGUGCAAGACAAAGCAGAUGCUAACAAUGUAGCAUACACAACUGAGAGACUCUGUUUUCACACUGAUUACCCUGCUCUGCAGCAUCCACCUGGGGUUCAGUUUCUUCAUUGUAUAAAGCAAACAGCUGCAGGAGGUGAAAGUGAAGUUGUAGAUGGAUUUCAUGUAUGCAACAAGCUGAAGAAACAAAAUCCUGAGGCAUAUCAGAUCCUGUCCUCUACUGCUGUAGACUAUACUGAUGUUGGGGUGGAUUACUGUGAUUUUGCUGUGCACUGUAAACAAAGGAUUAUAGACACAGAUUCUAGAGGUCAAGCAAUUCGCAUCAAUUUUAACAAUGCAACAAGAGACACAGUGUUUGAUAUACCAGCUGAAAAAGUGAGGCCAUUUUAUGCAGCUCUAAAGGAAUUUAAUGAUUUAUUGAACAGUGCAGAACACAAGUUUACUUUCAAGAUGAAACCAGGAGACGUACUGACAUUUGAUAACUGGCGUGUGCUCCACGGUCGCCAAGGCUACCCAUCCUGUCCAGAAGUGACACGUCACCUGGAAGGUGCCUAUGCAGACUGGGAUGUAGUAUUGUCAAGGCUCCAGCUCCUUAGGAAAAGGGUCCUGAAGAGGGAUUGA